AUCCACUGAAUACGUCACCAGCCCCAGGCGAGGGGCGGGGCGGAGUGAGUGAGUGUGUGUGUGUGAGAGAGAGAGUGAGAGAGAGAGCUCAGCGUUCCCGGUAGACACUAGAGAAAGAGUUCUCUGUGCUGUUUAAACGCGUUUCUUUGCACUGAUGUCCCGGAGUGUGUUUGCCCUCCCCCAGGGGAACAUCUGGCCCGGUGUCUGCUGAACGCAUUGGUUAUGGAGCAGCACGUUAGUGAUGAUGAAUCACCAGUAGUUCAUAGAGGCGAAACCCGGAGGAGGAGAAGAAAAAUGAAAGCAUUUACAUCAAACUCCUCUGCAGCAAUGGAUCAUUUAGCAUUGGAGUUUGUGCUUCCUACAACUAACAAAACGACCAAAAACCCCGACACACUGCAGUUGGAUGUGACUGGGAACUGGACAGUGGAGCAGGUAAAAACCCAGCUAUGGCUGAAGGCAGUCACGACCAACGUGUGCCCAGAAUUCUACCAGAAAUAUUCACCAGAACACUGCAUCCUGCUCUACCAAAAGAAAGGGAGCUGGUGUGAGAUCUAUGAUAAGCACCAGGUGUUUCAGACCCUUGACUGCAUUCGUUACUGGAAAGCUCUUAAAAAGGAGGUUGGAAAAAUCUAUCUGGUCCUGAGGCCACAACCUUCUGAAGAAUCCAUCCAGUACCAGAAAUUUCUAAAUCAUCUUAUAGGUUAUGAUGUCACAGAUGUCAGUAAUGUUCAUGAUGAUGAGCUAGAGUUCACAAGGAGGAAGUUACUUACAACCAGAAAAAUAGAAUUGGCUGACCGAGAUCCCAAACUUUACUCAGUGGACCCCUGGAUAACCACCAAACCCUUACCUGAUUACCUGCUGAGUAAGAUCAUGAACAACCACAUUCUAAUUGUGAUACACAAAGAUACAUCAAGUCAAACAAUAAAGGUGUCCAUUGAUGACACACCUUUUCAGGUUCUUCAGAGUUUUUUCAUAAAGACUGCCAACAAGAGGGUACUGCUUGGCAUACCGGAGGAUGUCAGUGAAUCAGAUUUUGUUCUGCGGGUUUGUGGAAGAGAAGAAUACCUUUUUGGAAACUAUCCCAUCAAAGACUUCCACUGGAUCAGACAGUGCAUCAAAAGUGGAGAAGAGAUCCAUUUGGUGCUUGAAUCCCCUCCAGACCCUGAACAAGAUGUGGUCCAAAAGGAGGAUUGGUCACAGGUGGAUGACUGCACUGGUGUGGCUGGCACACAUGAGCAAUUAACUAUUAAUGAGAAGGACCAUGAGAAGGUGUUCACCAUCUCCCUCUGGGACUGUAAUCGCAAGUUCAGACUCAAAAUCCUGGGGAUUGAUAUACCAGUCCUGCCUCGUAAUUCAGAACUGAUAGUCUUUGUGGAGGCCAGUAUUUUCCAUGGGCAGCAGUUGCUUGCUCAGGAGAGGACAUCCUCAAAGCCUUUUACUGAAGAAGUGCUGUGGAAUACCUGGCUUGAUUUCAACAUCAAGAUAAAAGAUUUACCCAAAGGUGCCCGGCUGAAUCUGCAGGUGUCGUGUGGUAAAGCGCAAACACAGAACUCAAAAGACAACGUUUCACAUGAGUCCAAGAACAAGAGCCGCCUGCUGUACUAUGUAAACCUGUUAGUGGUGGACCAUAGGUCUUUACUCCGACAGGGUGAGUUCAUCCUGCACAUGUGGAAGAUGCCUGAGAAAAGUGAGGAUAACAGUAGUGUAAAUGCAGAUAAACUCACUUCUGCCACCAAUCCAGACAAAACGAGUUCCAUGGCAAUUGCAGUGCUACUGGACAAGUAUUGCUACCCAGUUGCUCUGCCAAAGAGCACGGAUUCUCGAGAUGCAUCAGAAGUGGAAGGAGAGAGGGGGAAAAGAGAGAUGCCUAACCAUUUACGAAAGCAGUUUGAUCAGAUCGUGGCUACCGACCCUCUGCAUCCACUGAGUGUGGAAGAUAAGGAGCUCCUGUGGCAUUUCAGACAGGAGUGUGUGCGGCAUCCUUCGGCCUACCCCAAGUUCCUUGGCUCAGUGAAAUGGGGAAAACAGGAAGCUGUCAUGGCCACACACCGUCUUCUAGAGAGAAGCACCACAUGGGACCGGAGCCCUCUGGAUGUGGGGCUAGCUAUGCAGCUAUUGGACUGCCACUUUUCUGAUGCAACUGUGCGCUCUAUGGCUGUCAGGAAAUUGGAGACUCUUGGUGAUGACGAUGUCCUUCGGUACCUUUUGCAGCUGGUUCAGGCUGUGAAGUUUGAACCCUAUCAUGACAGUGCACUCGCAAGGUUUCUCCUUAAGCGUGCUCUCAGGAGCAAACGAAUUGGCCAUUUCCUGUUCUGGUUCUUGCGGAGUGAGAUAGCUCAGUCCAUGCACUACCAACAGAGGUAUGCAGUUAUUUUAGAGGCCUACCUCCGUGGCUGUGGCGAUGCCAUGCUGCAGGACUUCAGGAAGCAGGUGGAAAUUACUGUGGCACUACAGAAGGUCACUCGUGAGAUCAAAACCAUAUCUGCUGAGAAAUACGAUGUGUCCACACAAGUUAUUUUUCAGCUGCGCCACAAACUGGAGAGUCUGCAAACGCAGGGUUUGCCUGAGAGCUUUAAAGUACCGUAUGAUCCCGGCCUGCGAGCUGGCUCACUGGUGAUUGAGCAAUGCAAAGUAAUGGCGUCCAAAAAGAAACCCCUCUGGCUUCAGUUUAAGCGAGCAGACCCCACCACUUUGUCGAGUGAUACCAUUGGGAUCAUUUUCAAGGAUGGAGAUGACCUUCGUCAGGACAUGUUAAUUCUACAGAUUUUGUUGAUCAUGGAGUCUAUAUGGGAGACUGAGUCACUCGAUCUGUCCUUAUUGCCUUAUGGUUGUAUUUCCACUGGAAAUAAAAUAGGAAUGAUUGAGAUAGUGAAGGAUGCUACCACCAUUGCAAACAUCCAGCAAAGUACUGUGGGGAAUACUGGGGCUUUUAAAGAUGAAAUCCUGAACCAGUGGCUUCGAGACAAAUGUUUGAAUGAGGACAAGUAUCAGCAGGCAGUGGAACGCUUCGUGUAUUCCUGUGGAGGUUACUGUGUCGCAACCUAUGUCCUGGGGAUUGGUGAUCGCCAUAAUGACAACAUCAUGAUCACUGAAUGUGGUAACCUUUUCCACAUUGACUUUGGACACAUUCUUGGAAAUUACAAGAGCUUUCUGGGUAUAACGAAGGAGAGGGUCCCCUUCGUUUUAACACCCGACUUUCUCUAUGUCAUGGGCACAACAGGAAAGAAGACAAGCCCCAACUUCUUCAUGUUCCAGAACAUUUGUGUGAAGGCCUAUCUGGCCCUGCGACAUCACACCAACUUGCUCAUCAUCUUGUUCUCGAUGAUGCUGAUGACUGGCAUGCCCCAGCUGACCAGCAAGGAGGACAUCGAGUACAUUCGAGAGGCUCUGACUGUGGGGUGCACGGAAGAUAUGGCUCAGAAACACUUUUUGGAUCAGAUUGAAAUCUGCCGGGACAAGGGCUGGACAGUGCAGUUCAACUGGUUUCUACACUUAGUGCUUGGCAUUAAACAAGGUGUGGAAAAACGGUCAGCCUAAGCUGUGAAAAGACACCAUGAAGCAACAGUGUUUCUGAGGAGUAUUUUAUCAGCAAAUUACAUUUUUUUAUAUGGAGGUUUAGUUUUUAUGUUUCUUUCAUUUGCUUCGAUCUGUUGCCUGACAGAGUUUCUUAUGUCAUCAGUUACAAAAACUCAAGCUGUCUCAGUUCCCCUACUUCCAUUAGGACCCUUCCAUGUAGUACACUGUGCACACAAUGUACUUACUUGUGUAGUCUGUGAAUUUUUACAGGGUAGCGUUGUCUCAAAUCGGACAUGGAAAGUUGUGCAUUUACCAGAAAUGACGAUCGCAACAUUUGAUUGUGAUUGUCGCAUCACCUGCUGAAACAUUUUUCCCUCAGCUCUUAAAAAUGAACGUGGUUUAAUUUUCCUUGCUUUUGUGCAUAGAUAUUUCACACAACGUCAAAAUUAUGUUGCAAUUAAUGGCACCGACAACAUGCCCUCCCCCACCUGGCUGAAAAUAGGUUCGUAGUCCCGCCCCUUCGUCACCGUCGCUAAGAUGCUAAUGAUUGAGGGUGAGAAGUGUGUGGACUUGCUCACUUAACUUUUUGACCAUUUUAAGUCCACCACCCAGCUUUCAUAGUACAUUGCAUGUUUCCAUACUCAUCAGUGUGAACACACUUACGCACUCAAAAUAGCAAGUGUAAGCAUGGAAGUAUGUGAAUUGAGACACAAGGUCAACUUAACGGAGAUUGUUUGUUUGUUUUAGUAUAAAUGCAUCGCAUUACCACAGAUAUUUAAUACUUUGACUGGUGUCUCAGACUAUUAACUCUGAUAACUCAUCCCAAGUUUGUUCUUAUCUCACAUAUUACACACAAAUUCAGUGUAUGGAUUGUUCAUUUACCACAAGGCAGAUGUGACAUUAAAAUAAGCUUCAGGA